GUGGAGUCACAUAUCAUAGAAUUUCUCCCACCAAAUUCCAACUUUCCUUUUCUCCUCUUAUUAUUCUCCACUUGUUAUUCAUCUUCUUCUUCUUCAAUUCCCACUUUCAUUCAUUAAUUGCUUUAUCUUUUUGACAUUUCCUUCUCCUCCCUCACCACAACAUAAGCCUGAUAAUAAUUAUGUUGCCUUCUGAAAAUACUUCCCCUAGAAAAACAUUCAAAAAACUCAGAAAUUCAUUCCAUUUAAUCAAAUCUCAAGUUGGUUUUCAUCACUGUAAAUGGUUUUUCCUUAUCAUUUUAAUCCAAAUCUCCUUCAUUCUCUUCCUCGCCGGAACUUCUACUCCGGCAUCACCACCCCAACAACAACAACAACAACAGAACUUCCAAAUCUCGAAACCUCAACAGAACAAACACCAAAAACAGAGCAAACAACGUGAAAAGUGUGAAUACGGUAGGGUUUAUGUUUACGAUCUACCAACAAAGUUCAACAAAGAUCUAUUAAACAACUGUCAUGAUUUAGACCCAUGGAGUUCACGUUGUAACGCCGUUUCAAACGGCGGUUUAGGUCCAAAAGCAACUGGACUUGACUCAAUAAUCCCCAAAAAUCUCCUCUCCGCUUGGUAUUGGACUGAUAUGUAUUCAGCAGAGGUAAUUUACCAUGAAAGAAUGUUGAAUUACAAGUGUAGAACCUUGAACCCGACAAAUGCUACUGCUUUUUACAUACCGUUUUAUUCAGGACUUGCAAUUGGUAAAAUUUUAUGGUUUACUACAGCAAAAGAACGAGAUCGACCUAGUGAAGAAAUGUUACAAUGGGUUAAAGAUCAACCUUAUUGGAAAAAGAAUAACGGGUCGGAUCAUUUUCUUAUGCUGGGUAGAUUAACUUGGGCUUUUAGAAGAAAAACUGAUGAUGAUUCAGAUUGGGGUACGAGUUUUCUCCGAAUGCCAUUAAUGAAGAAUGUUCUCCGUUUAUCUGUUGAAAAAUUUCCAUGGGAUGAUUUAGAGGUAAGUGUUCCAUAUCCUACAGCUUUUCAUCCUCAAUUUGAAUAUGAAAUUAAACAAUGGCAAGAUCUAGUAAGGUCGAGAAAUCGUACUAGUCAUUUCUGUUUUGUUGGUGCUGUGAGAAAGAAAAUCAAGAAUGAUUUUAGAGAAGUUUUAAUGAAUUAUUGUAAGAGCGAGUCGAGUUCUUGCAAAGUGGUUGAUUGUUCUGUAGCUCAUUGUUAUGACGGAGCACCAGCAAUUUUAGAAGCAUUUUUGGAUUCAGAUUUUUGUUUACAACCAAAAGGAGAUGGAUAUACACGAAGAUCACAGUUUGAUUGUAUGUUAGCUGGUUCAAUACCUGUUUAUUUUUGGAUAGAUAGCUUUAAGACUCAAUAUCAAUGGCAUUUACCUUUGCCAUAUGAAGAUUAUUCAGUUUACAUGGAUCAUAAUGAAGUUAGAAAUGAUACUUCUAUAGUUAGAAAAGUUCUUGAUAAGUUCAGUAAAGAAGAUGUGAGAAAAAUGAGAGAGAUUUUGAUUAAUGUUAUGCCUAAGUAUUUGUAUGCAAGAUCCAAUCAAGGAUUAGGGAGUAGUAAUGAUGCUUUUGAUAUUGCAAUUGAGGAAGUUUUGAAGAGAUUUAAGCAGCAAAGGGAACAACAACAAAUCUCGGAUAAAACAAGUAAAAAAGGCAGCCCGGUGCACUAAGUUCCCGCUGUGUGCGGGUUCGGGAAAGGAUCAGAUCAAAGGGUUUAUUAUACGCAGCCUUACCCUGUAUUUCUGCAUGAGGCGGCUCGAACAAGUGAAGCUGAAAAUUCUAUAGAAUAAAGCAAGAAUUGAAGGUACACUACUCAAUAGGAAUUUUGAGUCCUCAUUCUUUUUUUGUUUAAAGCAAUUAUUUUUUGUUUUUUUUAUAUCUUGAAUACAAAGGGAGCAGCUGUUAGCUGAAUAAGAAAUUGUAGUGUUAGUAGAUGAAGGUGUUAGCCACACCAAGUAGAUCAUCUCUACAACAUAUCAUAUACCUUUUUUUGUGCUUUGUAAAUUUUGAUCAUUGAUCUAAAUGUUACAUGAUACUUCUGUUCAAUGUGCUUGUAAAUUCAGUGGAAAAAUAUAAUGAAGAGUGGGAUGGUAUAUUUUAAUAAUA